AUGAAACUUUUCACGCCCUUUGUUAUACUCCUCGGGACUUCGUCCAUCGCCUGGGGCGUACUCGUCAAAGCCCCCGGCGCCACCGAAGAAGAAUGCGGCCGCCUCGGAGUCAUGUACUACGAUCCGGAUGAGCUUCCCGAAGGCGCAAACCCCGAAGAUGUGCGCCACUGUGAUGCCCAUCCGUUGAGCGCCCAGAACUACUGGGGCUGGGGCGAUUACUUGCCAAGAUGGUUCCCUUGA